UACUAACUACACUCAAUUUUUUUCUUCUGGUAAAAAUAUCCAUCAUGUGUACCUAAGUUGCAAAAUUCCGCUACUUUUAACAAAAAAUCCAAUUCCGCCGCUACGCCGCUACCACUUGAAAAUUCCGCUACCAGUAGCGGAAUUCCGCUACUUCUGGCAACACUGUUCGAGAAUACCGAAUCCUCCGGUGAGCAGCGUUGCCAGACGUACGAUAAUUAUCGUUUCUGCGUGUAGGAUAACAGCUGAAUGUACGAUAAUUUUGCGAGACGGAAAUUUUCCUUCGUCAUGAAUCCAGAGAGAACCUACGCUACCGGCGAAAGUAAAAAUGAUCUUAGAAGUAAUAAUAAAGCGACGGAAAUUGUAGGUGACCAUCCAAAUACACAAAUAUGGUUGGACAUCUCGGAUAAUACGAAUAAUAUGUGAUUCAAUCUCGGAAGAAAAAAUACUGUGCGUUUAGAAAGCGACGAUCAUGUGUUGCAUCAGAUUGUAGCUGAAUAUUUUCAAACUUGUGAAAAUCCGAGUUAGAAUGUCUGAACCCUCAAAUUCCGAACUUUUUCCAUACAGCAAAAAUAACGACAAGCAACAAGAUGAGUUGCUCUUGGAACCGAUGAGCUACAUUUUACAAGUUCCCGGGAAAAACAUAAGGGCCAAACUAACACGUGCUUUUAAUUAUUGGCUUCUUAUCCCAGACGAAAAACUGAACCAAAUUACAGACAUAGUUCGUAUUCUUCACAAUGCAAGUUUACUAAUAGAUGACAUUCAAGAUAACUCAAUAUUGAGGAGAGGCAUACCUGUGGCACACUCUAUUUAUGGUAUUGCAAGUACUAUCAACAGUGCUAACUAUACAUUUUUUAUUGCUUUAGAAAGGAUUAUGGAUCUUAAGCAUCCAGAGGCUGUGACUAUAGCUCUAGAGCAGAUAUUGGAAUUAUACAGAGGGCAAGGGAUGGAAAUCUAUUGGAGAGAUAAUUUUAGGUGCCCAUCUGAAGAGGAAUAUAGACAAAUGGUCAUAAGAAAGACUGGCGGCCUUUUUAUGUUGGCCAUUAGACUUAUGCAACUUUUCAGUGAUAACAAAGCGGACUUUACGAAAAUAACUGCCUUUUUAGGCUUAAUUUUCCAAAUAAGGGAUGACUACAUAAACCUUGUAUCCAAAGAUUAUAUGGCGCAUAAGAGUUACUGCGAGGAUCUAACGGAGGGAAAAUUCAGUUUUCCCAUAAUACACGCCAUUACUAGUCAUCCAAAUGAUAAGCAAAUUAUUCAUAUUCUUCAGCAAAGGACAAAGGAGAUAGAGGUGAAAAAGUAUGCUGUGUCUUUACUAGAAAAAUAUGGUAGUUUUGAAUAUACCAGGCAAACGCUAAAUAAAUUACAAAAGGAAGCUAAAGAUGAAGUGGAGAAAUUGGGAGGGAAUCCGUACAUGGAAGAUUUCAUAAACUCGUUGCAUUUCUGAAACAAAUUGAUUUAUUUGUAAAUAUAGGAUGAUUCAAAAAAUGCAGAAGUAAAAAAUUACCGAGUUAAAAGGCAACGCAAGUAAACCACUAUAUUGAUAUGAAUGGGCACAUAUUAGACUUUUAAUAGUUCUUAUGUGUGUAUUUUUAUUUUUUAUUACCUGUUAUUCCUUCAAAAAGGAAGUAAGUUUUAAUGCUAUUUUCAUAUUCAUCAUAAUAAAAGUAUGUUGGAGAGAUAA